AAAAAACUACAGCCUAUUUAAGCACCGGACUCCUACUAACAUUUGUAUGCAGAAAACAUACAAAGAGAGGAAUGGUUAACAGGAAAAGAGCUAAUUAUAAUAAUAUGCCUAGAACUCUUAUUAAUGACUUUUAAAAUCAGCAAUCCAAUUUGAGGAUACAAGGAGGCCAUUCAAAGCAAGAGAAAUGCAAAUGAGAAGCAGAAGACUCAGCCAGGCUAAUUAUCUGAAAAACGCAAUUAAAGUCCGUAUGCCAGCCUGAUCUGUUGUAGUUUUUGAUACUGGAAGACUAGCCAGAAAAUGAUGAAAUAAGGCAUUUUCCUGUAAUCUCCCAGCAGCUCCUGUAGGUUCUGUUCCUGACCACACGUCACCCUCCACAGGGUUACCUCCCUGGUCUAAGCCAGCAUCAGUCCCACCUGGAUUACUGCUGCUAUGCCAUCCUCACUGCCUACUUCCACUCUUACCCCCUCGGGAGAAAGUAUAAACCAGCUCUCAUCACUCCACUGAUUAAAGUCCUCCAAAGACUGCCCAACUGCAAUUACGACAAAUCCCAAACAUUUUGCCUCGGUCUUCAGGACUAAGUGGAAUUCUUCAAAAUGUCAGGUGUGGUCCCCGCAGCCCCUGAGCAACCUACAGAUGAAGUAGAGAAUCAAGUAAAGUCUCCUGAUCCAAGGCCUGAUGCACCUCCUGACUACAAUUCCCAUUUAGUACUAGGACCCCCUGGACCAGCUAUCCCUCCAUCUGCAGGCCACGCAGGAAGCUUGCCUAUGGGGCUCUACAGUCCACCUCAGCCCCAUAACCUCCCCUUGUACCAGCCAGCUGGUGGUACCCAUCCUAUCCAGUACCAGCCUGGCAAAUAUCCUAUGCCAAAUCAGCCUGUUCCGGUAACAUGGAUGCCAGCGCCUGGUCAUAUGCCAAACUGCCCUCCUGGUCUGGAAUAUUUAACCCAGUUGGACAUCAUACACGUCCUUCAGCAUUUCGAGCCUCUGGAAAUGAUGACAUCUUUUGAAACUAAUAAUAGAUAUGAUAUUAAAAACAACCUGGACCAGAUGGUUUACGUUGUAACUGAAGACACAGACGAUUAUACCAGAAAUGCUUAUCGGACACUAAGGCCCUUCGUCCUCCGGGUCACUGACUAUAUGGGCCGAGAAAUCAUGACAAUGCAGAGACCUUUCAGAUGCAGCUGCUGUUGCUUCUGUUGUCCCUCCACCAGGCAAGAGCUGGAGGUGCAGUGUCCUCCUGGUGUCACCAUUGGCUUUGUUGCAGAACACUGGAACCUGUGCAGGGCAGUUUACAGCAUCCAGAAUGAGAAGAAAGAAAAUGUGAUGAGAGUGCGUGGGCCAUGUUCAACCUAUGGCUGUGGUUCAGAUUCUGUUUUUGAGGUCAAAUCCCUUGAUGGCACAACAGACACCGGCAGUAUUAUUAGGAAAUGGAAUGGUCUGUUAUCAGCCAUGAGCGAUGCUGACCACUUUGAAAUUCAAUUCCCAUUAGACUUGGAUGUGAAGAUGAAAGCCAUGAUUUUUGGAGCUUGCUUCCUCAUUGACUUCAUGUAUUUUGAAAGAUCUCCAACACGACGUUCAUCAAGAUAGAUGGACACUGCAAAUCAGCAAUCAUGGUUAAUUAAAAACGAUUAGAAAAGUUGGGCUUAGAGUCCUCUCAAUUAUUUGCAAAUAUAUCUGCUUUUGCAGAUUAUUUUUACUGGUUAAUAGCUCUCAUUCUUAUUAGGUAGGCUAAGAGUGUAAGGGCAAGAAUACAAUCUAAACAUGUGUUUUAAUUGAUUAUCUGUCUUGUCCACUUGGUAGACUAGGAGUUAAGCUUGAAAAGGCUAUGACUCAUUAACCAAGCAAACACAUUACAAUGAGCUUCAAAACACUUUACCAUGAAAUAAGGGAAAAUGAAUCCUAGAGCUCUCACAUUAAUAGGUCAUGAAAUGGUGAGCUUUUUAGAGUUAUCUUUGAGAUAGAGUAAGAUGGCUUUUAUACCUACCACUCCUACCUCUUGUCCUGUUACUGAAGACAGAUUUGAUUCCAGGUGAAAAGAAUGAUACUUUUGAUAUUAAAAAACAAAAAGGAAGGCAGAUAGAAAUACUAUGUUUUAUUGUACAAGGAAAAAUGUAUUUGUGCAUAUGUAUCAAAACUUUGUUUUGCAAGUUUAUGAGUUUCAAUGGAAAUUUUUAUUUUAUUACCAAAUAAAACAUUUUUUUAUCAUAAAAUUUAUAGGUUUAUAUUUUCCAUGCAUAUUUUCUCAUUCACUAGCAUGGUCAAUCAGGACCUGCCUGUGUAUGGAGUCAGGAUCAGACUAUCAGGAAAAGAGGGGAGUAGGGCCACAGCCAGUCUAGAUCUCUGAGCAACUUAGAGACAUCAGUGCCCUUAUAAGGAGCUUGCAUUUAAUCCAUUUAACCUCUUGGUCCAGAGAGGUUUAAAACAUACUUUAAAUAUGUUUGGCCAAAUCUUUAAGAUUGCCUAUUGAACUUUUGUAUCUUUUUGAUGUGACACAGAAAAGAUAGUUGUAUUUUUUCUUUCAAGAAGAUCCCUGAUAAUCACCAUGUUUUUCUAAUGGCAAGAGUUAGAGUUUUGUCUCUGUCAAAUAUGACAUUCUGUGUAGCACUUUGUAAAAGCAAAAACUACAAAUCUUAACCUUGUUUAAUAUUCCUUAACUUAGAGAUAGAUAAAUCUAUAUCUAUGCAAGGAAAAUAAUAAAACACAGCAAACAUGCUGCUACUUUGUGAACUAUAGCUUAACAGUAAAAUUAUGUAGGAUAACAUUAAAGUAUAAACGUACUUGUUUUAUAAGCUAGUUAAAAGUAUGAUGUAAUAGUGAAUAGACUGAUGAAUCAGCCUGCCUCUUUUGCACUCUACCUUCCUAUCUGAACCUGGACUGUGUUUUUUCAACACAGCCAGUAUGUAUGUAGAAUGAAAUAUAUUUUUCUCCUUGUUAAAGAAAACAAGCCUGAGUGUUCUCUGAUGGGAUUAUUCAGAGAUGAGGGCCUUUGCCCACAGUUCCUAUUGAAGUCAAAGAAAGGUGCUUUGUCUUUAAAUGAUAUUUAUCUUUUCAUGGUAAAGUUGUUUUACUCAGUGUCGUGUAAUUUUUAUUUCUGGGUGCUACUACCAGCUUGUUAAAAAAAAUGUAAAACUGCUGCUUUUUUAAAAACUAAUUAUCUUAUAUUUGAAAAUAUAAUUAGGCAUUUAGUCUUAGACAUUUAUAUUAUUUCUUAAAAAGUCUGACGUUUUAUAUAUGAAAUCAAAUAGUAUUGAGAAAGUUUAUUUCUAUAAACCUCCUUUUUUACUUGCCUAUGUCCCUACAUCCCAAGACCUGCUGUAUAAUACUAAGAAAAGAGUUACUUUUAACAUACGACAUUUUAAAUUUCUGUUUAAAAUUUUUGUGGUUUUAAGUUGUCUCUUACAGUUAUUAUUUCACUUUUUUUAAAAGUAAUACUAUGUGUCUUAUAUUUUUAUAUUAUGGUUCAUAUUAUAAUCUCAUAUUUCUUAAUAGUGUUUCAUUGUGGGCAGCCUGGGUGGCUCAGCAGUUGAGCGCCGCCUUCCGCCCAGGGUGUGAUCCUGGGGACCCAGGAUCGAGUCCCACGUCGGGCUCCCUGCAUGGAGCCUGCUUCUCCGUCUGCCUGUGUCUCUGUCUCUGUCUCUGUCUCUGUCUCUCUGUUUCUCAUGAAUAAAUAAAUAAAAUCUUUAAAAAAAUAGUGUUUCAUUGUGUAAAAUUGACCAGAUUCACUAAAAAAAAGCUACUCUCUGAAAUUUGUGUGUUUUCAUGCUUCAUCAUAUUGUUUUUGGCUUUUAAAUAAAUAUAAUAUGGUUUAUAGCAAAAUACUA